AUGAAGCGAAGACAGAGUUCUAAGACCCAAAAGCAGCCUCUGCAAGUUCACUAUAAAAAUCAAACUGAUCUCUCUUCAUGGCAAAAAGGAGGGAGAAUUGACCCUGAGAAAAGUGUCCAGAAUAAUCAGUCUCCUAACAAUCAGAAAAAUGACAGCAAGCAAGACUCCCUUGAGCAAGCUUUGAGCUACUUUGAGAAAGUACAAGACCAUGUUUCACUGAAAAAGAACAAUGUUAACAAUGUUCUGCAGAAACACUUGACUACUGUGGAAAGCAUUGCCCUGCAAAGGGGACUACCCCCUGAAGGAUUUGAUGUUUUGCUAAAUGUGGCACUCAGUGGCAAACUUGCUGAUACAGUUAAUACUCGUUUACUGAAGAGCCUGAUUCCAGCCUCAGUAAUACCAGAAACUUCUGUGGUUUCAUCUGUAUCUUGGUUCUGUGUUGGCAAAUGCUCAGGCAACAUCCAGCUGCUUUUUUUAAGAUGGCUAAUCACAAUGUUUGACUUCAUUGAUCACAAAGAACAACUUCAUGCCCUCUAUGGUUUCUUCUUUUCCUUCCUGCAAGAUGAGAAGAUGUGCCCCUAUGUCUGCCACCUGCUUUACCUGCUGACCAGGAAGGAAAGUGUCAAGCCUUUUCGGAUUAGGAGGCUGCUUGACCUCCAAGUAAAAAUGGGAAUGCAGUCUCAUCUGCAGGCUCUACUAUCACUUUACAAACUCUUCUGUCCUGAGCUGGUGACCAUAACCCUUCCUGGGAAAAUGAAGACUUUCUUCAAGAAUUCAGAUGGCCCGUGGAAAGCAGCAAUCAAUGCAGUAAGGCGAAGAAAACACGAAAAUUUUCCAGUAUCCCAGCCACUGUUUUUAGGCACAGCUCAACCUCGGUCACGAAAAAGGAAAUGGAAUACCCAGUUGGUUAUACCUGCAAGCAGUACAAACAAAAAUAAUUUAAAAGAUGACAAGGAAAAGAACCAUGUUGAUUUGUACAGUACAAAUGAGUCUUUUCCAGUGGAGCAGCUGCAGACCUUUUCUCAGCUCCUACAAAAUAUCUGUCAUCUAGAGUUUCCUUCCCAGAUGGGUUCAGUGCUAACAAACCCUUUAUUGCUUCACUACAUGAAUUGUAUCAAAGAUGAAUCUAUUUACCUAAGGCUCUACUAUUGGAUGGGGCAGACUCUUCAGGAAGAAUGCACCUGGUGUGUGGCUGAUAAUAACCAAUAUGAAGAAGAAUUCAAGGACUUCCUGGAAACUGUCUACAAGACAGAGUGUUUCUUGCAGGAAGGAUUUUCUUCCUGUGAAGAGUUUCUGUACAAGAGCCUUCCUCUCUGGGAUGGCUUCUGCUGCCGAUCACAAAUCCUCAGACUUGUGAGCUGGAUCCCCCUCAGCAGCUUCUCUGAAAUGAAGUCACAUCUCUACGAUCCUCUGGCACAGCUCUUUUUCACAUCGUCCCUUUACUUUAAGUGCAGUGUUCUCGAGAGCCUGAAACAGCUGUUGCAGAACUGGUUAAAUUGGCAUGUAAUUAAUCUGGAUUCAGAGUCUGACUCUCAAUUCCAUUCCUUGAAUACCACCCUUUCUGGACUGGUGAAUGUGGUGGCUGAACUGAUCCACUUUGUUGGAUGGAUCUCUACUGUUGCGUUGCGUUUGGAAAACAAUUCUACUUUCUUGCUGUACUUCAUCUUGGAUUUCUAUGAGACUGUGUGUGACGUGUAUCUGAGGUACAGUCUGCCUUUGUUGAUUAUGCCUCCUGCUGGAGUUUUCUACCCAGCACUUCUCAGCAUGGAUUCUGUCAGCUUGAAUCAGCUCUGCUAUAUUAUGUACAGGUAUCGAACCAACCUGGUGGCUGCAAAAGAAAAUGAGCUGAGUAAAAAGAAAAUACUGCAAUUCAAGUUCAGUAGCCAGACAUACCAGGAGUACAACCAGUAUAUAAUAGCUAUGGUGGGUUGUCUGUGGACAUCCAGUGCAUUCCAGAAGGAUGUUCAUCCUCAAGGUCUUCAAAUGAAUGAUGAACUGCUGAAGAAAACCACAGUGCAGGAAUUCAAAACCAGCUUUAACAUUGUCUACCACCCAGCCAUGAUGGGCUAUGCUAUCCUCUUCCUGCAGCAGGCUUGGCCAGAUGAUACCGCCUUCAACUUCAGUUUAAUUAAGCUCUAUGCACAAGGUUUAAAGGGCCUGAAGGUCUUUAUUGAAAGCAGCAUCAAUCGUGUUUCCCAGGCCUCACAGUAA